AUGGGUUCCAGCAAGGAAAACCUCGGCUUCGAAGGCCACAAUGCCUCACCACAGGUGGGCGUUGCCAGCAAUCCCGAUCCCGCUCUCGACUACGUGAACGAGCACCGCCACGAGCACGCUCACCACCACGGAGCGGCCGCACACGAGAAGGAAAAGAACGACGAUGUCAUGUAUAGCACGGGCACGACCGAGAAGGGCCGCGACCUGCUGGAUACUCCUCCCCAGGAUUACACCAAGCACAAGCUGAACGACACGCCCGUGGCUGAGAAGUCUGUCGAUGAAGAAAGCGGUCAUAUUGGCCACAGCGAAAACGAGAUUACCCAUACGCGCCUAGCGUCGCGCUGGUAUCGCAAGGCCCGGCCGUUCAUCCCCAUUCUCGUAUGGAUGGUAUUUACUGCCUGGUGGAUUCAUGGACUGUGCACCGUUGUUGUUUGGGGCCCUCGGCCCGAUGGGCUUAGCUGGCUCAUUCCAUUCCUCUUAUACCUGGCUAUUACCAUCCGUGUGAUCACUUUGUGGGUUCCGAUGGCAUCCCUCUGGAGGCCCGUCCGCUGGCUCUGGGACCGUACAGUCUUCAAGGCUUACGAGGCGACCCCUAAGAAGCUUCACCGGCCCCUCGCUGCUGCAAUUACCGUUGCGGUCUACCUGAUUGGAAGUUUCGUGCCAGAAGAGAGCGGAGAGAACACGCGUGCUAACCGUGCCGUCUCGAUCUUCGGUCUGCUUGUGAUGCUGUUUGGUCUCUGGGCAACUUCCCGCAACCGGUCCGCUAUCCCGUGGCACACAGUCAUUGGUGGCAUGCUCACGCAGUUCAUCAUUGCCAUCUUCGUUCUGCGAACGCAGGCCGGUUACGAUAUUUUCGCCUUCAUCUCAUUCCUGGCCAGGACUCUGCUCAGUUUCGCAAAUGAGGGUGUGGUCUUCUUGACCGACGACACUGUGCCAAAGCUCCCCUGGUUCUUCACGGGUGUCAUUCCACCCAUCAUCUUCUUCGUGUCCCUGGUCUCGCUCCUCUAUCACUCUGGUAUUCUUCAGUGGUUCGUCGAGCGUUUUGCCCACUUCUUCUACUGGACCCUGCGUGUCUCUGGUGCCGAGGCUGUCGUUGCUGCCGCCACCCCCUUCAUUGGCCAGGGUGAAUCGGCCAUGCUGGUACGACCGUUCGUUCCUCACCUUACCCUUGCCGAGAUCCAUCAGGUCAUGACUUGUGGUUUUGCAACCAUUGCUGGAUCCGUGCUGAUCUCCUAUAUCAACAUGGGACUGAAUGCUCAAGUCCUGGUCUCGUCCUGUAUCAUGUCCAUCCCGGCUUCGCUUGCCAUUUCCAAGAUGAGAUUCCCCGAGGAGGAGGAGACCUUGACCUCUGGCCGCGUGGUAGUCCCCGACGAUGACGAACACAAGGCCGCCAACGCUCUGCAUGCUUUCACUAAUGGCGCUUGGCUUGGUCUCAAGAUUGCGGGCAUGAUCACCUGUACACUGCUCUGUAUCAUCGCCUUCGUUGGUCUUAUCAACGGCUUCCUGGGUUGGUGGGGCAAGUACUUCAACAUCAACGACCCCAACCCGUUGACGCUCCAGAUGAUCCUCGGCUACGUGUUGUACCCCGUCGCCUGGUUGCUCGGAGUUCCCAAGCAGGAUCUCCGAAAGGUUGGAGAACUCAUUGGUAUCAAGAUUAUCACCAACGAGUUCGUUGCCUUCGCGUCUCUGUCGGCCGACAAGGACCUGACCACUCGUGGACGUAUCAUUGCCACCUAUGCCUGCUGCGGUUUCGGAAAUAUUGGCUCUCUCGGAAACCAAAUUGGUGUCCUGUCUCAAAUUGCGCCUGGCAGAUCUGGUGAUGUAUCCAAGGUCGCAGUCAGCGCCCUCAUCGCUGGUAUCAUCUCCACUUUGUCGUCUGCCUCGGUUGCUGGCAUGUUGUACACCGAUUUGAUCUCUCGGGACAUCUAA